UGUGGUUGUGAAAAGAAAAGCCAGAGAAACCUAGAUCCCCAAAUUCAAUUUCAGGCCGGCAUGUCUUUCUGCGACCAUGACAAUCUCAGGGGGCCGACGGAAAAUCCCAUGGGUCCCCAGGUUGUCCCGUUCUUAAGACCUGGAGGAGGACAACAAGUACAAAGAAGACAUAUCACCGAUAACCCCCCUUAUUUUAGUUCAGCAGUUGGUCCUGAAGAAGUGGAGCGCCACCACGCUAAGGCAAACAAUGCUUCAUUGAUUGGACCGAGAAAUGGUUGCGGGUCUGCACUGGCUUUUUGGAGUGGAUUCGUAUCGCGAGGCUUCCGUUCGGAAGGUAGAUGUUUGAUUUGUUCCUUGGAUGAACACAAUUCAUCGGAAUGCCCGUACCAGGCUGAAGUGCCCAAGAAUGCUAUUGUUGGAAGGGGCUGUGACAUCAUCUGUAAGGACUGUCCUCUUAUUCCUGUGAUGUUGUCUGAACGAUGUCGCAACCAUGAUUCACGGCGUGCUGAGCUAAAGUAUUGUGUUUUGUGUCAGAAACUCGGUGAACACUGGCCGGAUCACUGCCCUGAACUUAAUUCUGGAUAUUGGGGUCCACUGUUGGGUUAACUCUUGAUAUUUUGAGGGGGCUGGACUCUUGGAAGAAAAUUAAUGCGACGAUGUGGGAUAUGUAUUGUAAUUUAUUUCUUUUGGUUAACAAAUUUCCUCCCUGACUUCUCUGCAUCUUAGCAAUAAAUAUAGUGCAAGACAUUUAAGUAUAUAAUCUGGUGUUUUUAUUUUGGUCGAGUUCUAAGGAUAAAAUGUGUUCUGUCUACUCCAAGAUUUAAUGAAUUGUAGUAUAAUUAUCUCAA